AUACUAAUAGUUACCCUGUCAAAUGACAGCAACACAACAUAUUGUGCGGCUUUAGGAUUUGAUUGCUUCUUUUAAGGUUUUUCAAAAUAUUAUUCAAAAUAUACUUGUAAUGUUUUCUGGUAAAGCAUUUGAUUUAGUAAAGGAUUUGGAAAGAUCCACACAAACGAUUCCACCAUUUGAAGAUGAUGCAGUUCGUCAAAUUCUAGAAGAGAUAAAGGCUAUCUUUGAAGAAAAUUGCGCCCAAGCAUCGAAUUUCUCAACAUCAGGAGACAGAACGCUCUGGCCAUUAUUAAAUUAUCGUCACACUGUGCUACAAAGAAAUAAGCGAUGUUUGCUUACCUAUCUAUAUCAACGCUUGCAACGUAUCAAGGCUUUACGUUGGGAGUUUGGUCCGAUAAUUCCUUCAGAUAUUAAAAAUUCAUUAUGUGAACCGGAAAUAAAUUUUUUUAAUGCAUACUCGAAGUCGUUAGCAUCAUAUAUGAGAUCAGUUGGAGAUGGGCAAGGUAUAAAUCUUACUGGUAAUUUACUACCACCAAAAUCCCUAUAUGUUGAAGUUCGUUGCAACAAAGAUUAUGGAAAAUACGAAUUAGAUGACGGUGAAGUGAUUUUACUUAAAAAAAAUAGUCAACAUUAUUUACCACGUUCUCAAAUAGAAACCUUAAUAAGACAAGGUAUUUUACAACAUAUAGAAUAAUCAUUAAUGUAUUAUAUAUUUGU